CUAGUUCGUGACGCAGUGGCGUAAUCUUUUGCGGCCUGUCUGUUACUUUGCAAUUCGUUCAGACAAACGGGCUCGUAAAAUGGCGAAAUUUAGUUGUUAUUUACUUACGUGGUAUAUAACGAGAAAACUUUAAGACGAAUUAAAUAUAUUCGUAAUUAUUAGAUUAAUCAAACUAGUGCGCUAUAUUCAUCGUAUACAGCCAAUUUGUCGUAUUGUGCACAUUCUAGAAACUACAUUCUACAGAAAUGAUAUUAAUGGACUGGUAUAUUCUGGCACAGUAGCAGCAAUCAAAUACUGAUCUACAUUGAUUGAGAAAAAAUUGUGUUGCGAGCAGUAAAAUCUUGUGUAAUAUGGCACAAUAUUAUAAUUUUGUAACCAAUGCCAGUGGUACAUUUACUCUUGAAGAAGUACAGAGAAUUUGCUCUGUAGAAGGGCAACAUGUUCAGUUAGUUGAGAAUAUAAAUAAUGGUGGUAAUGGUUCACAACAAUUUUUGGCUUAUACUCCUGCCCAACAAAACAGUGAACAAGCAAUAUUUUGCCAGCAAACUAUUAACUUAGGGAGUCAAAUCUCAGCAACGCAAUUGGAUCAAGGGCAAAACGUGUUUAUAAUUAAAACUAAUGAAACACCACCACCACCUCCUCCUCCAAGUAUAUUAAAGCCUAAUACAGUUAAAGUACAUACAGCAGCUGAAAAUAUAGUAGAUGUUGUGGAUAAUAGAGUUACUAAACCAUUGGUGGAAUGUAGUAAUGAUAAUCAACAGAUACAAUGGGUGAAGAUGCAAGAAAAUAGUAUUAACGUAGAUGCAGUUUCGAAACAAAAUACUCUUUUAUCUGAAAAGAGCCAAACUGCUAUUUUAAAUAAGGGACAAACACAAAAUAAUAUAGCAAUAUCUGGUUAUAGUCCUGAAACUUCAGAAAAGAAGCCAAUCAAAUUCUAUCAAAAUAAAAACCGACUUCCUACGAAUAAUAUACAAACAGUGUCUCCAUCCAUUCCUUCUGAUGGUUUAAAUGCAACAGAUCGAGUGCAACGUUAUUAUGUAUCAAAUAUUAAAGUAACUUCACCUUCAUUCCAUAAUAAAGCAGUUAAUGCAAUUGGACAGAAUGUAACUACAACAUUUACGCGACAAGUUCGUGCAUCUUUUGUUCAAGUGUCUCCAACACGACCUCCAGUUCCUAAUCAGAUGUCGAAAAAUCCAUUAAGACUACAGCGUCCAGAAAUGGAACAUUUAAGUCAAAGAAUAAAACAAGCAAAAUUACGACAUUUGCAAAAUGAUCAACGGUCACAACAAAAUAUAAGAAAAAACCAAGUAUCUAAUAUGCCACAAAAGACUGUACAAAAUGCUACAGCUAAUUCCUUACAAACUCAACAAGUAACAACAAAUGUAAUGCAACAAAAGCAAUUACAAAAUAUUUCAACACAAUUUCAACAAUUACAAAAACAAUCAUCAGUUGCAACUGUAGAACAAAAAAAUCUACAUCAAAUACAAUCAUCACCUCUUUCACCUCUUUCGCCUCAACAAAAUGUGCAAACUAAUUCAGAUGUUGAUGCUGAUUGUAUCUUGCAAGAAAAAUGCAUUGUUAAACAACAAUCUUCUCCAUCUCAAACAGAUUCAGAAAGUAGUGCAAGUGAAAGCAUUGCUUACUUACAAAAAGUUAUCAAUAAUCCUUCCACUACAAUAGUACAACGUCAAAUACAAGGUAACACGGCAAAAAUGUUGGUAAUGUUACCAAAUGGUGAACAGAGAUUAAUCACGUUUGAUAUAUCUAAUAAUGAUUGUACUGUACAAGAUCUUCUGGAGCAGGCAAACAUUACAUUUGGUGGUGAAACAACUGUAUGCUUAGUGUCGGAUUCUACUUUUGGUAUAAAUUAUAUUGUGGAAACAGUGGCGCCAAGUAAUGGUGCCAUAUUAAAUGAAAUUCAUGAGCACGACAGUAACACAUCGCAGGAUAGUACGACUAUGGGAUCUCGUAAUACUUCUCGUACAAUUAGUUCACCCGAUGAAAAUAGCAAUCCCAUAUGUCAAAAUGAGGAGGCUACAUACAUCGAGGGGAAGCUUGCACUGUGUCCAAACUGUGGUAUUAGCUCAUUAGACUUCAACCGAUGUCAACGAUGUUUGAAAAAAUUGCCGGAGGACGUGAAGACGAUACCUAUGACUGUGGGUAUACAAGAAAAAAAGGAGAACAUGCUGUCUGUCAAUACAUUUUAUAAGAAAAACAAUGAACGAAACUCUUCAGCAAAGUUGGAAAAAUUAGAACGCGAUGGAUCUGCUUAUAAACGUGGUAGAGGAAGAGGAAGAGUUUAUGCAUCAAGGGCAAAAAUUGUUAAUAAAGAACCAGAAUGUUUGACCAUAUCAUCAGAUGAGGAUGAAGAGGGAAAAACUAGAAAAGUAGAUGGUGUUUUCAGUAAUGCAGUUUCAAGUAAUGCAAGUAAUAAUUUAAGCGAAGAAAUGGAGACAAUCCUUGAUAAAGAACCAGUAAUUACAAACAACUCUGUUUCUAGCACAAAUAUUGAGUUUUCAUCAAGCAACGAAGAAUGUACCGAAGGUGGAAGUUUAAAAAGUGAAGAUCUAAAUUUUGCAAACAGUUCUACACAAAAUCUCCACACAGCUAUUUUAUGUCGAACAGUCAGAAUAGGAUCAUAUAAAUAUGUUCCACCAGAGAAAGUAUUAAUAACUUCCAGUGGAAUAAGAUUUGGAAUACCCUUGUUAGAAGAUGAUACGAGUUUUGUAACAUUGGAUGUGAAAAUUCGAGAUCUUGUAAAGGUAUUAGUACAUUUUGGAAAAUCUAUGCCAGUUAUUUUCUUCUAUACGUCUACAAGUACAGGAGCAAUGAUUCGCGAAUUAUUAGGAAUGCAAGAUCCAAAAGGACCGUAUUAUGAUCCAGCUGGCAAGGAUCACACACACAGGCGUAUUACUUUACUACCAGAUAAGAUAACGGAUGAAUCAAAACUUGUAUUGAAAAAUGUAUUCAUGGUAAGAAAGGGCCUGUUUGAAGAAUUGAAUCCGAAAGAAGCUAAUGAUAUUCUAGUACGAGCAUCGCCAAAAGAUAAUACACUUACUUCAGGUCUUGCUAGAAGAUACAGUCAAACAUCAGUCUCGAAUGUAUCGAGUGCAAGCAGUGGAAUACAAAAGAUAACAGUCUAUCCACCACCCCCUGCAAAAGGUGGUAUAGCCAUAAAUACCGAAGAUUAUUUGUGUCUUGGAGAAGAUCAAUUUUUAAACGAUGUUAUUAUAGAUUUUUAUUUGAAAUAUUUAACAUUAGAAGUCUUAUCAGAAUCAGAUCAACACAGAACACACGUAUUUAGUUCGUACUUUUAUAAACGCUUAACAAGUCCUCACGCUCAAGCUGGUGAAAAUGCAGUGGUCCUUUCUGCGGCUGCUAAAAGGCACGCGAGAGUACAAAAAUGGACUAAAAAUGUCAAUAUAUUUGAAAAAGAUUUUAUUGUGAUCCCUAUCAAUGAACAUGCUCAUUGGUUUUUGGCAAUUAUUUGUUUCCCUGGUUUGGUGGGUAAAGUUACUAUAAAUAAUAAAAUUCCUAAAGAAGAAGAUGUGCAUAAAACAAUCCAGAAAAGUAAAAAAUUAAAGGAUCUUAAGAUUCAAGCUGUAACAAUUGGUACUACAACGAUUACUCCAGUUACAACUACUAUAACAAUUGACCAAGGAGAUGAUGGUUCGGAAAGAGAUGAAGCAGAAGGAGAUGAUGAAGAAAUGGAAGUAGAUAGUGAUGACGACGAAGAAACUGAAGGACAAGAAAGUAACAAAACUCAAGAAACGGAUAACGGCUUUCAAAAUAUAGAUUCUGUAAAAGUUCCCUGCAUAUUAAUAUUCGACUCUCUUGCGGGUGCUAGUAGAUGUCGCGUUGUUGCCACAUUACGAGAUUAUUUGAGUUGCGAAUAUGUUGCAAAAAUGGGAAUUGAAAAAACAUUUUCGAAAGAUACUAUUAAGGGAGCAUCUCCGAAAGUUCCUCAACAAUCUAAUUUUACUGAUUGCGGCCUAUAUGUAUUACAAUACGUGGAGAGCUUCUUUAAGGAUCCCAUUAAAAACUAUACAUUACCGAUAAAAACUUUAAAAAAUUGGUUUGAAGAAAUAGUUGUUACAAGAAAACGUGAAGAGAUAUCAAAGUUAUUAAUUAAGUUAAUGAAUGUUACAAGAGGAAGUAAAAAUAUUGCAUUGCCGGUUGUAAACUUUCCUACGCAAGAUGGAAAAUUAAAGCCAAAACCGGAAAAUCACCUUGAAAUAAAACCUAUUAAACCUGAAUUAGACAUUAAGAAAAAGACUAUGUCAGAGACAGAAACGAACUCUCGCGCAGUUAAUAGCACAGUACCAGGUCAAACAGAAAGCCCAGAAUCAAGUACUAAUGAGGUAGUAAGCAAAACUACUUAUCAGAUCAUUCCUUUUUCACCAUGUACAAGUUCUACUAGCUCGACUGAUAAUUCAACGGAAAUGUUGAUUGAUACGAAAAUUCAUGCAGCUAGAUCACCGAAUGAAAUAAUAUCCUAUUUAAAAUCUAAACGGAUUCCUAGGUUAAUGGUAAGAACAGACGCUCAAGAUAAUUCUCAGGCCGCUAAAAAGCAUAAAGGAGAAUCUUUUUAAGUCUUGUAAAUAAAUGUUUUCUUUUUUUAUAACGAUAAAAGUAUUUUAGUUUCCAAGUUCAUAAAAACACAUGAAAUCAUUUACCUAUGUAACAAAGUAUGUAGUUAAUAAUUCAUAAGAAGAAUAAAACGAAAGCCCAAACCUA